CGGCCAUGCUCCUGUCCGGUUCAGUGUCCGCCCGGUUCACAACAUCGGUUUGAUCAUUGAUGCUUAUCAAGUGGAGCCCGCGGAGCCGACUCUCGAGCCCUCCUAAUUCAUCUCGAUGCCCUAGCUCUUAUCCUUCUCGCCGCUUUCUCCUCUUCCCUCUUCUAAAAUCUCUCCAGCGCUCCCCGCAACACCCAGCCGCCCGGCGAUCGAUUGAGAUCGAGAUCCCAGAACUCAAACGGAGCGGAAACUGAUGACCUUUACUCAUCUUGGGGCUAGUAGCCACUGGGAUUGAAGGAGAGGAGGAAAAAAUAUGUAGGUUGGAUUUGAUUUAUCCAGAACCUCUUUGAAUGGCAGUCAUUGGUGGAAUUUUCUGAUGUGUGAAUCUCCAUUAUGCCUUAUCAGCUUGCAGUUUGACACCAAUCCUACAACAUUAUAUUAUAAUCUCUCGUAAAGAUUUGGCGGAUUAUUUUUUUGCUUGACUUUCUCGUAGCAAUGGAAAUUCAAACUUCUGGAAAGCCCAUUGAUACUUUGCUAGAGAAGGUGCUUUGCAUGAACAUCCUUUCUUCUGAUUACUUUAAAGAACUGUAUAGGUUGAAGACAUACCACGAGGUAAUUGAUGAGAUCUACAACCAAGUUGAUCAUGUGGAACCAUGGAUGACUGGAAAUUGUAGGGGGCCAUCAUCGGCAUUUUGUCUCUUAUACAAAUUCUUUACUAUGAAGCUCACUGUCAAACAGAUGCAUGGCCUGUUGAAGCAUCCUGAUUCUCCAUAUAUAAGAGCUAUUGGUUUUUUGUAUCUGCGAUAUGUUGCUGACCCAAAGACAUUAUGGGGAUGGUGCGAUCCUUACAUAAAAGAUGAAGAGGAAUUUUCUCCUGGGUCAAAUGGUCGAAUGACAACCAUGGGGGUAUAUGUACGAGAUCUUCUGCUCGGACAGUAUUAUUUUGACACACUUUUCCCUCGGGUCCCGGUUCCUGUCCUCCGUCAAAUCACCAGCAAUCUUGAGAAACUCAAGCUCCCAACCAAGCAUUCUGGCGUCACCGGCGAUUCCAGUCGUCAUGGCUGGGAUGACACUGCUCGUCGCCCACCUUCCGUGAAAGCUGCUCUCUCCGUGUCAUUCGGACAACGAGCUCCUCAUCGUGCAUCUACCAGGGACGCCUCCCCAAUUAGGAGGACCAUAACGCCGCCCCGUGAUAGAAACCACAGCGUGGAACCGAGGUCAUCCCCCGGGCACCGUCGCAGCCACAGUCGUGAAGGACCUGAUCGUCACCAUUCCGACAGAGAUCGCCCUCACGACCGUGAUCGAGAUCGGGAUCGGGACCGAGGUAGGGAUAGGGAUAGAAGGCACGACCAUGACAGUCAUAGUGAUCGAGACGUCCAAGAUAGGGACUCGUAUAGAUCAAGGCAUUCUGCAAGAGAUGGUAGUAGAAGGGAUUAUGAAAGGAGUGGACGGGAUUCUAGUCACCACCGAGGAGGAUCUCGACACAGUCGGAGCAGAAGCCGCAGCUUAGAUCGCCUUCGGGAUGUGAGUAAGGAUAAGGCGGCUUCUGUCUCGAGCAAUUUAGCGAAGUUGAAGGAUCUGUAUGGUGAUGCGAGUGGCACGAAGGGAAAUGGAAACGAGUAUAAGCACUCGAGGGAUACGAGUUCUGAAGAGGUUAUUAGAUUGGGGGGUUCGACAUGGAGGUAGUGCAGCGGAUAAAAGACUUCUUCAGAAUUUCUGUGCGGAUUUGUAUUAGAGGUAUGUUGGAAGGUGAUGCUGGUAAAUUUCCAUUUGCAUGUUUCUAAUGGUGGUUUUUUACAUGAAAAGUAUAUAUUUACCAAUUCAAUUAAUGGAGUCUCUUAAUUGUACUUGUCUGCGAUGAUGGGGAAAAUUUGUUGUUUAUUUUAGCAGGCUCUUGUAGAUUACACUUCA